GAGUACACAGCUUCCCAAUCGUUGCUCCUCGCGAGACUAUCAUCCAGUCCUCUGCCUGAAUCCAGCUGGUAGCCUGCUUGCCGUUGACGGUUCUGUUGCAGUUGAGGUGAGAGCCGCCGGUCAUCAUGGGGAACAUCUUUGGUAACCUGUUGAAGAGCCUGAUAGGCAAGAAGGAGAUGAGGAUUCUAAUGGUGGGGCUGGAUGCUGCCGGGAAAACCACCAUCCUCUACAAGCUGAAGCUGGGGGAGAUCGUUACCACCAUCCCCACAAUUGGUUUCAAUGUUGAGACGGUAGAAUACAAGAACAUCAGCUUCACCGUGUGGGACGUGGGUGGCCAGGACAAGAUCCGUCCCCUGUGGAGGCACUACUUCCAGAACACUCAGGGUUUGAUCUUUGUGGUGGACAGCAAUGACCGUGAGCGUGUGAACGAAGCUCGGGAGGAACUGAUGAGGAUGCUGGCUGAGGACGAGCUGCGGGAUGCUGUUCUGCUCGUCUUUGCCAACAAACAGGACCUGCCCAAUGCCAUGAACGCUGCAGAGAUCACAGACAAGCUGGGCCUUCACUCGCUACGCCACCGCAACUGGUACAUUCAGGCCACCUGCGCCACCAGUGGAGACGGUCUCUACGAGGGCCUGGACUGGCUGGCCAAUCAGCUGAAGAACAAAAAGUGAGGAGUCCAGUCGGUAGAGUGGGGAAGAGCCUGGGUGCCAGCUCCAGGUAGUGGUUAUAGGGGAUCCAUUGUGUUUACAUGGAGAGGCAGUGCUGAAAAGCUCCCAGGGGGUGACUCUCAAUGGCUUUCCCCCAAAAAUACUCGUUUCAUUUCUUUAUUUUGAUUAAUUUCAUUUGUUUUGAUCUGCGGUGAGCGUUUUUAAAUAUUUACAAACCAAUAGUGUUGACCUAAACGACUUACAUUCUACACACUGAAUACAUAAAUAUUGGGAUGUAAUAGUAUAAUGUUACUGUAAAGGCAUAUGUAUUUCCCCUACUUUGCAGUCUCUUUGCCCUCCAUCACCUUUUAAUUUGUUCAGAAAGCGUGACGAUGUAGAGCAACCUUCCCUCAGAUACUUUAAACUUAAUGUAAAUUAUAAAGAAUGUCAUAAUAGUAUAGUGGGACUACUACUACUAUCUCAGAUACUAUCACAUUGUUUAAAAACAGUAUACUCAUACAGGCUCAGAUAAAUGUGAAGUUGUCAUUUUUCCGUCCAUACUUGUGUUUUACCACCAAAUUAUGCGCUUCAGAGCUCAAUUUGUGCUUCAGUUAUCUUAUAUUUUAUUUAAGUUUAUUUAUCCUUGAUUUGAAUUUUAUUUAUUUUAUUAGACACACUGGAAAGUCUCAAACAGUUUCUAUUUUUGUCGACAUGUAUUUAUUUAUUUAUUUAUUUAUUCGUAAGUUUGUUUUAUUUCCUAAGUGCAUCAUAUGGUUUCUCUCCCUUUAUUGCAAUGUGCAUUUACUGCUAAGGCAGCUGGUGAAAAAAAAAAGAAGCCCUAGUAUCACUGUAUAUUACCGCUUCCCAAUCUGCAUGGAGAUAUCCCAGUACUGGCUCGUGGGCUUGUAAGAGCUGUGAUCUACCGCAGGCCGCUGCUGUAAAUAGAGAUUUGUUCUUAGUCGACUUGCCUGGCUCAAUAAGGGUUAAAACAAUUUGUCUGGCAUCAGCGAGGUGUGAUAGCUGAACUGAUACAGAUGACAGAACAGGAACACUGUACCAGCUCUGUGGCUUAGGGGGUGGGAAAAAAAAUGCUGCUACUGGCCUGUGAAGAGUGAUGCAGCAGAGCAUGUGAUUGGCAAUAUCAGAGAGCUUACAUGGUUUUCGAAUGUUUAUUUUUUUAAGUCAGUUUGUGCGAGCAGCUGCACUAUAUCCGUCAAGACAACUCACAUUGCUUGUCAUCCUGAUUUAUUCAUCCCUAAUUGGCGUGACAUUACAUGUGUUUCUUGUGUUAACCGUAUUUCACUGUAUUACGUUGCCCAGAAUAACUCUAGAUGCAUUAUUGUUGUACAAAAUGUCUGGGUUUUUUUCUUGUAUUUUUGAAUGGAGUAUUUAUUCAUUUUGGACCAAAAGGCAAGUGUUGAUUUUAGUGUCGUUUUUUUUUCUUUUCUUAAUUUGCUAA